AAAAAAAUAAAAGAUUCCGCAAAAACCACAUUAUUAGAGAGAGGCCAAUUGGCAGGUCGCUAGUGGCAGCAGCACACCGAAGCUCCAUGGCCAUGUUCCCAUCAAGACGAUCCAAAAUUAUACCUAUCAUCAUCAUCAUCAUCAUCCAAAUUAUAUGAAAAAUCGAUUUAAUAUCCAAUUUCGAUACACUUUAUGUGGAAUUUCAACUUUAUACAGUAUUAUCGGAGGUGAACUGGCUCUCUCUCUCGUCUGAUUACGUCUCCUCAUCCAAUCCAUUCAAUCCCAAAUCCCGCGGAAACAAUUAAGUUUGACUAAUUGAUUUAUGGAUAUUACUAGUCUAUUCCCCUCAUUUAAUCAAUCACGCUUCCGUCUUCGACCAAUUUCAAUGUCGCUAUCAGGUCUUUCCUCUCUCCCCUGUUUUUUAAAUUCUAAUCUUCGACUAUCUUAUCUGUGUUUCUUCAUCUUUUGACGACUUAAUUAUUUAAUUCCUAAACUUAGCCCAAAUUUAACGCAAGUAUGUUCCGGGUAAAUUUAAAUUUUGCCGUAUGUAUAGAUAUCAAACUGUAUCAAGAUGCUGUUAGUUGACUUGAAAUCUGAAGUUGCUUGCAUAACUAGCUUAAAAAGACAUAAUCGGAUAUCGGUCGGUUUCUAUAAGAAUUUUUUAAGAACGCCGGUGCCUGAAGAUGUCAGCAUAUGGCCAUCCGAUGGAACGGGAGUAUUCCUCUCGGAGUCUCACAAGUGCUGAAGGAUCCGAGAUGGGAAGUCAAUUUAGAAUGGAAUCGGUGAUCUAUAUGUCAUCAUGUGCUGCGACUAUCUUCAUUGGGGGACUUAUAAUUGUUGGGAUCUUAUUGAUGACGUUGCUGACUGCAUUGACUGUGAUGUUACAGUCAUGUCAAAGCAGGGAAGCUGGAGUUAUUGAAUCGUUCAAGUAUGAUCAUUGCAAAAUGGAAUCUCAACACGCAGAGAUUAAUAACUUGGAAGCGUAUUCUUUGCCUGGAUUUUGUAAGGAAGUCGCUGUGAAGUACAUAAAAGAAGGUCAUUACAUGAGAGAGUUGAACGCUUCGGUUUCACUCAUUGAGAAUUACUUGGAUGGCAUAAGACCAAAUGAUGGUGGUCAUGAUGUUGUGUUAAUGGAUAUAGAUGACUUCCUUCCUGCCCAAACUCUUCGUAUCAACCCACUCUCGUACGGAUACAAUCGAAAGCCUGAAAAGCUACAAGACGCCAUUGUUGAGGACCUUAUAUCAGCCGGAUGUGGUGGUUGGUCAAAGUUAAUCUUGAGAUCAAACGAGGAGAUGAAAGAGGAUACUCGUGAUUACUUUUCAAGACAAAAAGUGGGCAUUGAAGCGGAGGGUUAUCACAUUAGGGCUGUGAUUAGCAGCCAUAUGGAUGCUUUAGGAGGUACGAUUAUCACAACACAAAACUUCAAGCUUCCGAACCCCCUUCCUGUUGCUCCACCACGGAGUAUAAUGUCCGAUUAAAUGAUAAUCCACCGGUAUAAGUUUCUAUAUUACUUGUAUAUAAGUUUUUUUUAUAAUUUUUCGACCACAUAUUCAGAAGAGUUUAUUUAUUAUUUAUUAUUUAUUAUUUAUCUCUUCCAUUUGGUGUAGUACUCGACAAAAUGCAGACCACACAUGCUAUAUACAUUUGUUUGAUUUAAAUAAAUAAAGUGAAUUGUUAAUUUUCUUUCUA